UCUUUGGGUGAAAAAACUGGUUUUAAUUCUGACACUAGAAGCCAGCUUCAGGGACCUCAAGUUGCUUCAGCUGGAAGUGGCAGUCAUGUUUAUGGCUCUGUGGGUAAUGCAGCGAGUAUGGGCACAUCAGGGUAUGGUUUAAGUCAGUCAGCUAGUGUUCGAGGCUCUGACACCAUGCAUUCUUCAUUGGUCUUGAUGCCAUUUCAGCAAACCAAUGAAUCUGUUCCUAAGCCUGUGCAGCUUGCUUACCAAAUUUCACUGCAAACCAGCAGUGAGCCUAUGGCAAAGCCAAACAGUCAAAAGCUAGAGCAGUCUGUCUCCCAGAUCAGUGGUGAGCAACAAGCACAAUCAGUCUCUGGAACCAUGCCCCAGUCUAGUGGCCAAAAUCUGGCACAAGCCAGCUCUCAGUCUGCAGUGGACCAUAGAUGGAUGCUUAAGCCUCAGAGAGAUAGAUUUUGGCAAAUUGGUUCCAAACUUUUUUCAGUUUCCAGGCCAGUUCAGUAUCCAAGCUUUGGCUUUCCCAGGCCUUUGCAGCCAAAAAAUGAGUCCAUGUCACAACCCAGUUACCAAAUGGUGCAACAUGGAAGUCAGUUAGUAAGCCAGCAAUUAGCUGAGUCCAGCGACCAGUCUGUGGUGCAGGCUAGUGGCCAGCAACCAGUACAAAACCUCUACGAAGCCAUAGUUCAAACAAGCAGCCAGCACCAUGCACAGACCAGCGGCCAACAAAUAGCUCAAACCAUUUCUCUGUUAGUGUCUCAGCCCAGUGGGCUGCAAGAAGCACAGGCCAGUUCCCAGUCUGUGGUCCAGCCCAGCAACCAGCAACUAGCUCAAUCUAGUUCUCAGUCUGUGACUCAGCCCAGUGGAUUGCAAGAGGCACAAGCCAGUUCCCAGUCUGUGGUCCAGCCCAGCAACCAGCAACUAGCUCAAUCUAGUUCUCAGUCUGUGACUCAGCCCAGUGGAUUGCAAGAGGCACAAGCCAGUUCCCAGUCUGUGGUCCAGCCCAACAACCAGCAACUAGCUCAAUCUAGUUCUCAGUCUGUGACUCAGCCCAGUGGAUUGCAAGAGGCACAAGCCAGUUCCCAGUCUGUGGUCCAGCCCAGCAACCAGCAACUAGCUCAAUCCAGUUCUCAGUCUGUGCCUAAGCCCAGCAGCCAGCAACUCCCACAGGCUAUUAACUUCUCUGUGUCUCAGCCUAGCAGUCAACCAGUGCAAGCCAGUGGCCAGUCUGCAGCCCAGACCUCCAGCCAGCAACUAGUGCAGGCCAGCCAGUCUGUCUCCCAGUCCAGUGGUCAGCAACCAGUACAAGCCAUUUAUGAAGCCAUUGCUCAACCAAGCAGCCAUCAAUUCCCACAAGCCAUUGACCUUUCUGUGUCUCAGCACAGCAGUCAACAAGUGCAAGCCAGUGGCCAGUCUGCAGCCCAAACCUCCAGCCAGCAACUAGCGCAGGCCAGUCAACAAGUGCAAGCCAGUGGUCAGUCUGCAGCCCAGACCUCCAGCCAGCAACUAGCACAGGCCAGCCAAUCUGUCGCCCAGUCCAGUGGCCAGCAACCAGCACAGGGUAGCUAUGUGUCUGUGACUCAGCCCAGUGGCCUGACUAUUUUCAAGCCCAAAAAAGGUAGAUUGCAGUUUGGCUUCAAUGACUUUUCUAGUACCAGGCCACUUCAGAAACCAAGUUUUAGCUCUGUAGUUCAGUCCAGUAGCCAACAACUAGCACAAGCCAGGUACCAGUCUGUGGCCCAGCCCAGUGGGCUGCAACCAGCACAAGCCAGGUACCAGUCUGUGGCCCAGCCCAGUGGGCUGCAACCAGCACAAGCCAGGUACCAGUCUGUGGCCCAGCCCAGUGUCCAACAACCAGCACAAGCCAGCUACCAGUCUGUGGCCCAGCCCAGUGGGCUGCAACCAGCUCAAGCCAGCUACCAUUCUGUGGCCCAGCCCAGUGGACUGCAACCAGCACAAGCCAGGUACGAGUCUGUGGCCCAGCCCAGUGGGCUGCAACCAGCACAAGCCAGGUACCAGUCUGUGGCCCAGCCCAGUGUCCAACAACCAGCACAAGCCAGCUACCAGUCUGUGGCCCAGUCCAGUGUGCAACAACCAGCACAAGCCAGCUACCAGUCUGUGGCCCAGCCCAGUGGGCUGCAACCAGCUCAAGCCAGCUACCAUUCUGUGGCCCAGCCCAGUGGGCUUCAACCAGCACAAGCCAGGUACGAGUCUGUGGCCCAGCACAGUGGGCUGCAACCAGCACAAGCCAGCUACCAGUCUGUGGCCCAGCCCAGUGUCCAACAACCAGCACAAGCCAGCUACCAGUCUGUGGCCCAGUCCAGUGUGCAACAACCAGCACAAGCCAGCUACCAGUCUGUGGCCCAGCCCAGUGGUCUUCAACCAGCACAAGCCAGCUACCAGUCUGUGGCCCAGCCCAGUGGGCUGCAACCAGCUCAAGCCAGCUACCAUUCUGUGGCCCAGCCCAGUGGGCUGCAACCAGCACAAGCCAGGUACGAGUCUGUGGCCCAGCCCAGUGGUCUUCAACCAGCACAAGCCAGCUACCAGUCUGUGGCCCAGUCCAGUGUGCAACAACCAGCACAAGCCAGCUACCAGUCUGUGGCCCAGUCCAGUGUGCAACAACCAGCACAAGCCAGCUACCAGUCUGUGGCCCAGCCCAGUGGUCUGCAACCAGCACAAGCCAGCUACCAGUCUGUGGCCCAGUCCAGUGUGCAACAACCAGCACAAGCCAGCUACCAGUCUGUGGCCCAGCCCAGUGGGCUGCAACCAGCACAAGCCAGCUACCAGUCUGUGGCCCAGCCCAGUGGGCUGCAACCAGCACAAGCCAGCUACCAGUCUGUGGCCCAGCCCAGUGGGCUGCAACCAGCACAAGCCCGCUACCAGUCUGUGGCCCAGCCCAGUGUCCAACAACCAGCACAAGCCAGCUACCAGUCUGUGGCCCAGCCCAGUGUCCAACAACCAGCACAAGCCAGCUACCAGUCUGUGGCCCAGCCCAGUGGGCUGCAACCAGCUCAAGCCAGCUACCAUUCUGUGGCCCAGCCCAGUGGACUGCAACCAGCACAAGCCAGGUACGAGUCUGUGGCCCAGCCCAGUGGGCUGCAACCAGCACAAGCCAGGUACCAGUCUGUGGCCCAGCCCAGUGUCCAACAACCAGCACAAGCCAGCUACCAGUCUGUGGCCCAGUCCAGUGUGCAACAACCAGCACAAGCCAGCUACCAGUCUGUGGCCCAGCCCAGUGGGCUGCAACCAGCUCAAGCCAGCUACCAUUCUGUGGCCCAGCCCAGUGGGCUUCAACCAGCACAAGCCAGGUACGAGUCUGUGGCCCAGCACAGUGGGCUGCAACCAGCACAAGCCAGCUACCAGUCUGUGGCCCAGCCCAGUGUCCAACAACCAGCACAAGCCAGCUACCAGUCUGUGGCCCAGUCCAGUGUGCAACAACCAGCACAAGCCAGCUACCAGUCUGUGGCCCAGCCCAGUGGUCUUCAACCAGCACAAGCCAGCUACCAGUCUGUGGCCCAGCCCAGUGGGCUGCAACCAGCUCAAGCCAGCUACCAUUCUGUGGCCCAGCCCAGUGGGCUGCAACCAGCACAAGCCAGGUACGAGUCUGUGGCCCAGCCCAGUGGUCUUCAACCAGCACAAGCCAGCUACCAGUCUGUGGCCCAGUCCAGUGUGCAACAACCAGCACAAGCCAGCUACCAGUCUGUGGCCCAGUCCAGUGUGCAACAACCAGCACAAGCCAGCUACCAGUCUGUGGCCCAGCCCAGUGGUCUGCAACCAGCACAAGCCAGCUACCAGUCUGUGGCCCAGUCCAGUGUGCAACAACCAGCACAAGCCAGCUACCAGUCUGUGGCCCAGCCCAGUGGGCUGCAACCAGCACAAGCCAGCUACCAGUCUGUGGCCCAGCCCAGUGGGCUGCAACCAGCACAAGCCAGCUACCAGUCUGUGGCCCAGCCCAGUGGGCUGCAACCAGCACAAGCCCGCUACCAGUCUGUGGCCCAGCCCAGUGUCCAACAACCAGCACAAGCCAGCUACCAGUCUGUGGCCCAGCCCAGUGUCCAACAACCAGCACAAGCCAGCUACCAGUCUGUGGCCCAGCCCAGUGGGCUGCAACCAGCACAAGCCAGCUACCAGUCUGUGGCCCAGCCCAGUGUCCAACAACCAGCACAAGCCAGCUACCAGUCUGUGGCCCAGUCCAGUGUGCAACAACCAGCACAAGCCAGCUACCAGUCUGUGGCCCAGCCCAGUGGUCUGCAACCAGCACAAGCCAGCUACCAGUCUGUGGCCCAGUCCAGUGUCCAACAACCAGCACAAGCCAGCUACCAGUCUGUGGCCCAGCCCAGUGUCCAACAACCAGCACAAGCCAGCUACCAGUCUGUGGCCCAGCCCAGUGUCCAACAACCAGCACAAGCCAGCUACCAGUCUGUGGCCCAACCCAGUGGGCUGCAACCAGCACAAGCCAGCUACCAGUCUGUGGCCCAGCCCAGUGGGCUGCAACCAGCACAAGCCAGCUACCAGUCUGUGCCGGCCCACAUCUGGUACAUGUGGAUUACACGCAGACCGGAUGUGGGCCGGAUCUGGGCCGACACUAUGUUGCUGUCGAGGGGUCAGCCCAGUGUCCUAAAACAAGCUCAAGCCAGCUACCCGUCUGUGUUCCAGCAAGUUGGGCCACAGGAUGCACAAGCCAGCUACCAGUCUGUGGGUCAGCCCAGUGUCCUAAAACCAGCUCAAGCCAGCUACCCAUCUCUGUUCCAGCAAGUAAGGCCACAGAAUGCACAAGCCAGCUAUCAGUCUGUGGCCCAGCCCAGUGGCCAGCAACCAGUACAAGCCAUUUAUGAAGCCAUUGCUCAACCAAGGAGCCAUCAAUUCCCACAAGCCAUUGACCUUUCUGUGUCUCAGCACAGCAGUCAACAAGUGCAAGCCAGUGGCCAGUCUGGAGCCCAGACCUCCAGCCAGCAACUAGCGCAGGCCAGUCAACAAGUGCAAGCCAGUGGCCAGUCUGGAGCCCAGACCUCCAGCCAGCAACUAGCGCAGGCCAGCCAACAAGUGCAAGCCAGUGGCCAGUCUGGAGCCCAGACCUCCAGCCAGCAACUAGCGCAGGCCAGUCAACAAGUGCAAGCCAGUGGCCAGUCUGCAGCCCAGACCUCCAGCCAGCAACUAGCACAGGCCAGCCAAUCUGUCACCCAGUCCAGUGGCCAGCAACCAGCACAGGGUAGCUAUGUGUCUGUGACUCAGCCCAGUGGCCUGACUAUUUUCAAGCCCAAAAAAGGUAGAUUUCAGUUAGGCUCUAAUGACUUUUCUAGUACCAAGCUUCAGAAACCGAGUUUUAGCUCUGUAGUUCAGUCCAGUAGCCAACAACUAGCACAAGCCAGGUACCAGUCUGUGGCCCAGCCCAGUGUCCAACAACCAGCAAAAGCCAGGUACCAGUCUGUGGCCCAACCCAGUGUCCUAAAACCAGCUCAAGCCAGCUACCCAUCUGUGUUCCAGCAAGUAAGGCCACAGAAUGCACAGGCCAGCUACCAGUCUGUGGCCCAGCCCAGUGGGCUGCAACCAGCACAAGCCAGCUACCAGUCUGUGGCCCAGCCCAGUGUCCAACAACCAGCACAAGCUAGCUACCAGUCUGUGCGUCAGCCCAGUGUCCUAAAACCAGCUCAAGCCAGCUACCCAUCUGUGUUCCAGCAAGUAAGGCCACAGAAUGCACAAGCCAGCUACCAGUCUGUGGCCCAGCCCAGUGUGCUGCAACCAGCACAAGCCAGCUACCAGUCUGUGGGUCAGCCCAGUGUCCUAAAACCAGCUCAAGCCAGCUACCUGUCUGUGUUCCAGCAAGUUAGGUCACAGGAUGCACAAGCCAGCAGCCAACAGUCAAAUGCCAGCUACCAGUCUGCACUCCAGGAGAGUGGACAAACUUUCAAGCCAGUGAAGUCCCAAGGUGGACACCUUUAUCAGAUUGACUCCAAGCUUUAUUCAUGUCAGGAACUUGUAUCGCAGCCCAGUUACCAGCUUGCAGGCCAACCAGGACCGUCUAGUUCUCAACCUCCAUCCAGACCUAGUUCUCCAUCCCUAGCUCAACAAAUUGUAUCUGUUGUACAGCCAAGUUACCAGGCCCCAGUGAAGCCUGGGCAGCCUACCUAUGAGUCUGUGGUGCAACCCAGCCACCAAGUCCCUCCCAGACCACUGCAAUCCACACUCCAGUCUGUUCUCAGACCAGCUCAGCUGCCUGAACAGCCAAGCUACCAGCCCCUAGUGUUUCCAAGCCGACAGCCUCUUGCUCCAAAGGUACAAACAAGCUUCUUGCCUCUUGGCUACCAGCCUCAAAUACUGCCUAGCCCCCAGUCUCUAGGUCAGUCUGGCUACAAUCCCCAAGCCAUGCCGGUGCAGUCCAGCUACAAGUCACAGGCACUGUCAAGUUCUGAGACUGUUUCUCAGCCUGGAUACCAGAUGUCUUCAAUGGCAGGGCAGUCUGGUUUCCAGCCUGAAACUCUGCCCAGCCUCCAGUCUCUAACUCAACACAGCUAUUGUCCUGCAGCCAUGCCAGUGGAGUCCAGGUACCAGCCCCAGGUGCAGUCAAAUUAUGAGGCUGUCUCUCAGCCUGGAUUCCAGACCUCUUCAAUGCCUGGGCAAUCAAAUUACCAGUCUGAAUCCAGAUCAAGUUCCCAAGCCCUGGAGCAGCCCAGCAGUCUCAAGUCUUCAAGCUACAGGUCUAUGUUGCAGUCAGUGCAAUCUACACUUCAGUUUCCAACACCACUGAAUUACCAGUCUGUCACAGUUCAAAAUGCUCCUGCACCUGCUCGAAGGCAGCAUUCAGCCCAGAGCAGGUUCAAGCUCUUGCAACAAUAGCACUUUCCUGUUUUUGUCCUUUGAAACCAAUAAAAUCAUUGGCAAAUGA